CAUAACACUAACCGGAAGUAAAAAUCGCCGUGUCCACGCGGUACUGUUUUAAAAAUAAUGCGCUGGACGCAGGGAGGUUUUUGUCCUAUCAUCAGUCCCUGUCCUCAUGUACCCGACACCUCUUUGCUCUCACGCGGGCCGUGGAGCUUUCGCUGAUGUGUAUGAACCGGCUGAAGAUUCAUUUCUUCUCCUUGAUGCUCUGGAGAAAGAUGCUGACAGACUGAAGGGAAUCAGAGCCACGGUGUGUCUGGAGGUGGGUAGCGGCUCUGGGGUCGUAUCUGCUUUUCUGGCAUCAGUCAUUGGGUCAGACGCUGUUUAUCUAUGCACAGAUCUGAACCUGACUGCGGCUUAUUGUACGCUUGAGACGUCUCAACGCAACGGCUUACAGCUGCAGCCCAUCGCCACUGACCUGGUAGAUUGUCUCUCGCCCAGAUUAAAUGGAAAAGUGGACGUGCUUGUUUUCAAUCCGCCGUAUGUCGUCACACCUUCAGAAGAGGUGGGCAGCCGUGGCAUUGAAGCGUCCUGGGCCGGAGGUUUGCAGGGUCGAGAGGUGAUGGACAGAUUUUUUCCCAUGAUUCCACAGCUGUUGUCUGCUCAUGGGUUGUUUUAUCUGGUGACUGUAUCUGAUAAUAAUCCAGAAGAGAUCGUGGCUCUUUUAGGAGAAUUGGGGCUAAAGGGAGAAGUGUGUUUGUCCCGUCAGGCUGGACGAGAGAAACUUUUCAUCCUGCGCUUUAAUAGAUGAGAGAAUCAUUAACACAUGAAGGUGAGGUUCAAAAAGUCAGAAUUAUGGAGUCAGAAAUGUUAGUAUUUGAUUGAAAUAAAACUGUCUGAUCUCAGUGCAUUGCAUUGAUCACAACAUUUAAAUAAAUGUUUCUUGUAUUGUAAGGUAUUGUUUUAUUUUUUAUUAUUGUAAAUGUUUAGAAUUUUUUUUGUCUCUGUCAUGUACACAAAUCCCUGAGGUGUUUGGUCAUGAGUCCAAAUGAAAGUAAUUUUAUUCAGUAUUCUCUGACAGUUUAUAAACCAUGGAAGGACUUCACACAAUACAAUCCUCAACUACUAUUUGAAUAAUUUUUUUUGGGGGGCAAUUUUUUUGUAGUUAUGUACUACUUAAACUUUUGUCUGUGUUUAAUGUUUAAGUUAACUGCAUUGCAACAAUGUAAACUGAGAAAAGUGCUAUAUAUAAAAAACAACUGCAUUUACGUCAAAAUUUUUGUCCAGUUGUUGUUUAUAUCCAAAUUUUAUAUUUUACUGCUUCUUAUUAAAAUUUUGAUUUAGAAAGAAACACCAAUUUAUUUUAAU